AUGACUCUCUCUUGUGAAGUAUAAAGGCAAGUAAAGAAGUCCAUACCAUUUAGACUACUACUCUGUCUGUGAGGUGGUUUGGUAACUUCUUUUGAAAUUUUGAGGUGCAUCAAUGGCCUUCUUCUUAAUUUUUCUUUCAUCCUUUUUUGGCCUAUGUAUCUUUUGUACUGCUUUAUUAAGAUGGAAUCAAGUCAAGUAUAACCAAAAAAACUUGCCCCCUGGUACUAUGGGUUGGCCACUUUUUGGUGAAACUACUGAGUUUCUUAAACUUGGUCCAAGUUUCAUGAAAAACCAAAGAGCCAGAUAUGGGAGUUUUUUUAAAUCACACAUACUUGGUUGUCCAACAAUUGUUUCAAUGGAUUCAGAACUGAACAGAUAUAUACUAGUGAAUGAAGCGAAAGGACUGGUCCCAGGAUACCCACAGUCUAUGAUAGAUAUUUUAGGAAAAUGUAAUAUUGCAGCUGUCAAUGGUUCAGCUCACAAGUACAUGAGGGGUGCAUUGUUAUCCCUAAUUAGCCCUACAAUGAUCAGAGACCAACUUUUGCCUAAAAUUGAUGAGUUUAUGAGAUCCCACUUAACCAAUUGGGAUAAUAAAGUUAUUGACAUUCAAGAGAAAACCAAUAAGAUGGCAUUUCUAUCAUCGUUGAAGCAAAUUGCUGGUAUUGAAUCUACCUCUUUAGCUCAAGAAUUCAUGUCUGAAUUUUUCAAUCUAGUGCUAGGCACUCUUUCACUACCUAUCAAUCUUCCAAACACCAACUAUCAUCGCGGAUUUCAGGCAAGGAAAAUUAUUGUGAACUUAUUACGAACACUCAUAGAAGAGAGAAGAGCUUCAAAGGAAAUUCAACAUGAUAUGCUUGGUUACCUGAUGAAUGAGGAAGCAACACGAUUCAAAUUAACAGAUGAUGAGAUGAUUGAUUUAAUUAUAACUAUUUUGUACUCUGGAUAUGAAACUGUUUCCACCACUUCUAUGAUGGCUGUGAAAUAUCUUCAUGAUCAUCCAAAAGUUCUUGAAGAACUUAGAAAAGAACACAUGGCUAUUAGAGAAAAGAAAAAACCUGAGGAUCCUAUCGAUUACAACGAUUACAGGUCAAUGCGGUUCACACGAGCUGUGAUUUUAGAGACCUCCAGGUUAGCAACAAUAGUAAAUGGGGUUUUGAGAAAAACAACUCAAGAUAUGGAAAUAAAUGGGUAUAUCAUUCCUAAAGGAUGGAGAAUAUACGUAUAUACAAGGGAGUUGAAUUACGAUCCAAGACUUUAUCCUGAUCCAUAUUCGUUCAAUCCAUGGAGAUGGAUGGAUAAGAGCCUGGAACACCAAAACUCAUUUUUGGUAUUUGGAGGUGGUACUAGACAAUGUCCUGGAAAGGAACUUGGUGUAGCAGAAAUUUCCACAUUUCUUCAUUACUUCGUAACAAAAUACAGAUGGGAAGAAAUAGGUGGAGAUAAACUGAUGAAAUUCCCAAGAGUUGAAGCACCAAAUGGUCUACGGAUUAGAGUUUCAGCUCACUAACUAUCAAUUCAUGAAUGUACAGAGAAAAAAAAAUUCAAAAAAAAAAGAGAAGAGAUUUGUAGGAUGCAAAGCUAAGAGUAACAUGGGAUGUACAACUUAAUUAUUAUUCCCGCUAACAUAAUCACGAAUUAAACACAA